AUGUUAGCCAGUGUUUCCCCGCUUUGCCGCCAGGUGGCAGACUCUACUAAAGCUGCCGGCGUCCAGAUUACGAGUAUGAAAGGCAACGUGGAGGCGAGAGCAAAACAGGUAGUGGACUCGACCAAGGAGACGAGCCAGAAGCUUAUAGGAGAUGUGGAGGCGACGACCAAGAUGGUGAAGGACAAGACGGUGAGCGUGACGGGCCACGUGAAGGAUGCCACGGUGGGCGCCAGCAUGUGGGUGGCGUCGCAGACCAGCAAGACGGCGAAGGCGGCGAUGGAGCAGGCGAAGUCGGGCCUCAGCGUCGGAGAGAAGUUCACCCUCUUCGCCGUCGAGAAGAUUACGGCAUGGUCUCGCCGCGGCUUCACCCACGUGUUCAUGUUCCUCAUCCUGGCCGGCUACACUGCCCUCGGCGCCCUGCUCUUCAUCGCCAUCGAGUCCCCGCACGAGACGGAGGAGAAGAACGACAUCGACGAAGCGAGACGGAAGCUGAUGCAGGGGUUGUGGGAGGAACGACACAGCUUAGGGAACUUCACCGAUUGGGAGACGCUGGCCAAGGACCUCCUGAAACCGUACGACGAGCAGCUGUACCACUCCUUCACCAUCGGCGUCUCCCCGGACACUGACACGAAGGUCUGGACUUUUUGGAAAGCGAUGUUCUUUUGUUCGACCAUCACUACCACUAUUGGCUACGGCCACAUCGCCCCGAGCACCAACGCCGGCCGCGCCCUCACCAUCGUCUACGCCAUCCUGGGCAUCCCGAUCUUCCUCAUCCUGAUGGCGGACUUCGGCAAGCUCUUCACCCGUCUCCUGAAGGCGCUGUUCGUCUUCGUCAAGAGGCUCUACCGGACGGCGACGUGCAAGCGGUUCAGGAAGACGAAGCAAGUCCAGGCGAUUAAGGUGUGCAUGAAGAAGGUGCGAGGCUGGUGUGGUCUCAUGUGCCUACGAAAAGAGGAAGAGGAAAUCCCGGAGAACGAGGAAGACGUCGUGGAUGAUAAUUUCAACUUGCCAAUCUCUCUCGCUCUUCUGAUUCUGCUUGUGUACAUCAUGAUGGGGUGCACGAUAUAUACGAUCUGGGAAGAGUGGACUUAUUUCGAAGCUUUCUACUUUAUCUUCAUCUCCAUGACUACCAUCGGCUUCGGAGACUACGUGCCAGAGGUAAUCAGCAUCCCAUGA